CCCGACCACCGUCAACGAGAGAUCGGCUCCCGUCGUUCCUCAAGGACAUUUCGACGAGAAAACGGUCGAUCCUUUCUUGGUCGAGUUCGAAGAAAAUGAUCCGCUGAACCCGAAGAACUGGUCGUUAGCUAAGAGAUGGUACCUCACAGGCACCGCAGCUCUGCUCGUCCUCAACGCGUGGGUCAUCACCCCAGCCUAAUACCUUCGCCAUCUGAUGUCAUAACCAGCACAUUCUCGAGUUCCGCACCAUCCAACGUCAUUCCCCAACUCAUAGAGGACUUUGGCUUCUCACGAGAAGUCGGAACUCUCACGAUAUCCCUUUUUGUUUGUGGUUACUGCGUUGGUCCUCUACUCUGGGGACCAUUAUCCGAAACGUAUGGUCGUCGGCCCGUGUUUAUCAUAACCUUUUUCAUUUACAUGUGCUUCCAAAUCGGUUCAGCGCUUGCAAAUAAUACAGCUUCUGUGAUUAUAUUCAGAUUCUUGGGCGGGACUUUCGCUGCGGCUCCUUUGGCUAAUUCUGGCGCUGUGAUUUCCGAUAUGUGGGAUCCAAAGCGGAGGGGGACUGCGUUGGCUAUGUUCACUUUAGCUCCAUUUGCUGGUCCUGGUAUUGGUCCAGUAGUAGCUGGCUACAUUGUCGUCGGUGGCUUAUCGUGGCGCUGGCUGUUUUGGGUUAUGGCCAUAUUCGCUGGAGUAUGCUGGCUACAGAUCGUUUUCACCCUACCCGAGACAUAUGCACCAGUCAUUUUGAAGAAAAAGGCCCAGGCGCUCAGAAAAUCUACUGGAAAUGAUAAAUAUCAUGCAGCAGCAGAGACGAAGCGGAUGUCCUUCAAAGAAAACGUAGAAAACAUAUUAGGGCGACCCUUCAAGAUUUUGUUCCAGGAGCCAAUGCUUAUCGCCAUCACUCUUUAUAUGAGUUUUGUUUACGGGUGCCUUUAUCUCCUAUUCGAAGCCUAUCCCAUCGUAUUCACUGAAGGUCACCACUUAAACCCUGGCGUAUCUGGUCUCGUAUUCCUACCUAUACCCAUUGGAGGAUUCGUAGCAACUGCCUUGUACAUUAUAUUUGUCAAUCCCCGCUAUGCUCGAAAAGCGGCUGAGUGCGCACCUGCACCAGUGCCCCCGGAAUUCCGGUUAGAGAUUGCACUUCUUGCUUCGCCCUUCUUUGCUAUCGCCUUCUUCUGGUUUGCCUGGACUUCCUAUCCUAGUGUUUCUUUGUGGGCACCAAUGAUGGCCGGCUCGUUACUUGGAUUAAGCAUUUGUUGGAUUUUCGUUGCGCUCUUCAAUUAUAUGAUUGACGCGUAUUUGUUCGCCGCGGCGUCCGCACUCGCGGCAAAUACCGUUGUUCGCAGUCUGUUUGGGGCAGGAUUCCCGCUGUUUGCUACACAAAUGUACGAGAAACUUGGCCCGCAAUGGGCGUCGUCGCUCCUCGGAUUUAUCGCUUUAGCAAUGGUGCCAAUACCCUUGGUCCUUAUAAAGUUUGGCCCUACACUACGGAAGAAAUCUAAGUUCGCACCUAGUAAUCUACCACCCCCACCAGUCGAACCGAAAGACUCCAAUACCUCUGUCGUCUAGAAAAGGACUCAAGAAGGCCAUAUAUCCAUAUCUUACCCACAAUUGUACACUCCGUAUAGUGCGCUUAUGACCCAGAUAUUUGUACAUCAACUCUAGCAUAUCUUAAGUAGUAGCUUGGCUUAUAUCCAUAUGGCGAGUGAUGCCAGUUUUAUGAUCAGUUACGAAUGCAUAUCCAUACUUGUACCGUAGCAUGGUUAACCUGUGGUUAACCUUAGCUCGCAGAGCUUUACAAUAAUAACAAUACGAAUUUUUGACCCC